UGAGGACCAAGUACUCGCAGCCGCUACAAGGACAUUCUGCCAGAGUGAUGGUGUCAAAUAUGCUCAAGAUCCCGCUAGAACAAGUCCCAGAAGUGAACUCGAUGACCGCAUUCAGUCCAGCACAGCUGAAGAGCCUAUUUAAGACGAAAGUUCAAAGACUCAAGUACAAUAUAUUGGGCACCAACGCUGUCCAGCUCCAAGACUCAAAGGUGGUAAACGAGAAGACGCAAAAGUUUCUUGAUCGAGAAGACUUGGCGCGCGCCAUGGAAAUGGCUCAUCUGGCAGGCAAAAAUGGUGUCUUUGCGUAUGGCACGAUCAUGAAGUUCCUGGCCAAAGAGGGCCGUCUGAACAUGAUUUGGGAGCUCUUGAACCAGCAUGUGAAAAAAAGAGGUUUGCGUCCUGACGGACGUAUGUUGACCAUCUUCUUCGACGCUUUUGCCAAAGCCAAGCAUCCAAACACAAACAUACCCAAAAUAACCGAAAACCAGGCUGUUCUGGUGUACGAAUUUCUGCUGCUCGAGCUCUGCAAACAGGAGCCUGUAGCUAAUAUUUUUCACAUCAACACAGCCAUGAAAGCACUCCGACUCGCGGGAAAACACGAGCUCGCAAUUCGGAUAUUCAACAGACUCAAGGACUACAACGUGAAACCGGAUUCCUUUACGUACACGGAGUACUUUUUGAGUCUGCGCUACAGCAACAACUACACGGAAGCGGUGAGGGAGG